AUGAGUGUCGAAAUUGAGGACAAUCUGAUAAGAGAGAGAGGAGCUAAGGUGAUAAAUAUGGUUCAGGCAAAGCAGCACAAGUGGAACAAAAACUCUGAAACUAGUAAGCAGAAAGAAAAGGACAAUUCAAGUGCUCUCAAACCAGUUGGAAACAAAUGCUUCUUUUGCAAGAAAGGUGGACAUAUGAAGAAAGAAUGUAGGAGGUACAAGAAGUGGUUGGACAAACAAAAGGCUAAAGACAGUGGAGCAUCUAUUCAUGUGACUAUUUCUUUGCAGGGGUUCAUAAGGAAGAGGUUGCCAAGCAAGGAUGAAGUGAAGGUGUUCAUGGGCAAUGGAGAGAAAGUUUAA